AUGUCUCUUGAAAAAAUGAGAAAAAGUAUUCAAAACUUAUUAGGAAUUUAAUCCAAUACUUAGCAUUAAUAACCUGCUUAAGAAUCCAGAAAAUAUCAAACUGAAUAGAAAUUACCAAAAUCAGAAUAAUUUUUCAAAAAUAAAUUUGUUAGUAUUCAAAAAAAAGAAAACAAAUUAAAUCCCUAUAAAUUUGCUUUAGAUAGACUCAAAGAAUUCAAUUAAACCAUAUAUAAAGCAAAUGACUUAAUCAAAUGUCCAAUUAUUUCAUAUAAAUUGAAUGAAUAAGAAGUAUAAUUGAACUCAUAUUUUUCAAGAAGAAGAUUCAUCCAAAUUUAGAAACAAAGCCACGAUGGUCGAAUGAUGAAUCUUCAUUUGAUCUGAUUAAUAUCAAACCUAAGGAUGAAAGAAAAUCCUUUUUUUUUCAUGCAUAAUAUAUAAACGAAGAUAAUAAAUAGCCAACUUAAUCUAAAUAAACAGCCAGAAAAUCAUAAAUAUCAUCAAGGACUUCAGAAUUUAAUUUAGAAAAUAAUUUUGAUAAAGAUAAAUACCCUGACUUAAUUUUUACUAAAUCUAAAUAAUAAAAAGAAUAAGAAUAAGAAUAAGAUCCUUAAAGUGGAUCAGAAUCAAUAAUUGUUAAACCAAAAUCUGAAACUAAAUUUAGAAAACUUAAACCUCAAGAAUUUGAAACUAAACAAGUUAUUUUGAUUUAGGAUUAAAAACAAAUUUCUGAAAAAAAAGAGCCUUAAAAUAUCGAUAAUAGAGUAUCAAUACAAAAACAAGAUAUUUAGGAAAAACAAUCAGAAUAAUAAUCCUCAAUUUAAACACAAUAAUUAAUUUUAACAGAUCCUACAAAUUAGCAGGAAAAACAAAAUGUUGUAGAAAAUAAACAAGAAUCAAAAAUAGAAUCAUAAGUAGAAACAAAAAUUGAAUCUUAAAUAACGAAAAUAGACCCUCAAAUUUAAAAUUAAGUAUAAUAGUAUAAUCUUGAUGAAAAUCCCUUUACAUAAAAUAUUUAGAAUCAAUUAUUUAAUCCUCCUUGGAUUAAUAAUAAUACAAUAUAAGACAAUUAAGUAUCUUUCAAUUUAUUUCAGCAACCAUUGAUUUAAUAACAACCUUAAGGAUAAUAAUAACAACCAUAAAAGUUUUAAAAUUCAAUGGAUUAAUAAUCAUAUAAUUUAUUUCCUUUUUAAAAUUUAUAAACAACUAACGUUUUUUCUAAUUAGAAUCAAUUCCCCUAAUAACCCAAUCUUUUUUAAAAUAACUAAUAAUCUAAUUAGACUUUUAAUUUAUUUAAUUAAACAAAUACAUUUUAGUAAUAAAUUUAAUAAUAACCUUUAUUUUAGUAGCAACAAUCAUAACAAUCCUUAUUUUAAUAACCUACCUCAGAGUCUUUAUUUUAAUAAUAAUCAUUACCAUAACCAUUAUUUUAAUCACCAUAACCAUUAUUUUAACAACAAUCAUCAGCAUAAGCAUUAUUUUAGUAACAACCAUCUCCACCAACAUUAUUUUAAUAAUAACCAUCAACAUAAUCAUUGUUUUAAUAACAGUCAUAAACAUAAUAAUUAUUUUAACAACAACCAUAGCAAUAAUCAUUAUUUGACUAAUAACCAGCAAUGAAUUUUUUCCAAACAUCAGGAGUAUAAUAAUCAAAUUAAUUAUUUCAAUAACCAAAUCAAUAGGCAAUGAAUUUAUUUGCUAAUAAUGAUUAAAGGCAAAAUUAAAUAGAUUUAUUUUCAGCCUAACCUUAAUAGAAUACACCAAACUUAUUUUAAUUAAAUUAAGCUUAAGUAUAAGACUUGUUUUCAUUAAAUACAUAGUAAUAAUAAAAUAAUAAUACAUAAUAAAGAGCAUGUUCUCAAUCUGAUAGAUACAAGAAAAACUUAACUAAGUAAACAACCAGCAGAAUAUGA